ACGACUCCAAGACUAUUGUCUUCACUAUGCCCAUACUUGAAAUAAAAAAACCUUUAGCCAUUGUUUUGGAUGUGACAGGUCCUCUUGUAACCAAAUCUUUCAUGACUUAUUCAUCAGAGACUCGGCAAUUUUUGUUGAAUAAUUACAAAGAUUAUGUCAGAGAAGUUUGGGGACGAACAAAUUUGAAAUUAUCAGUCAAUUUCUUUCGGAAAGAGAUAGAAUCAGAACGUGAUGAAUCCAGAUAUCCACCUUUAGCUCCAAUCUCAGCUCCCCAGGAAGAGCAAAUUAAUGCUUUUCUGGAACAUUUAAAAUACCGCUUCGAACACGCCUGGGGUGUUAGAUCAGCUGCUCUUGGUAUUUUUCAUCUCGGAUUGUCGGAGUGGGCCUACAAAAAGGGAUUGCUACUUACACCUGUUUAUCCAGAGGUUAAAGAUGUCUUAACUCAAUGGAAAAUGGUUGAUGGUCUCAAAGUGUAUGUUAAUGUUGGACCCACUAAUUUUCUGCGUAACGUUUUCUCUCGAACCACUCAGGGUAAUCUUUUACCGUUGAUUGAUGGUCAUAUGAACCUUUUGGAACACAAAUCUAAAAAUUUCAUCAAAUUAAUCCAGCUGCUUGAGAUGAAUCCACAAGAUAUUGUGUUUAUAACUAGGAUGGUCGAAGAUGCCAAAUUAGCUUCCAAGGAGAACAUUCGUGUUGUAAUUAUUGUCCGUGAAGAUUUCGCUCCAGAUACAGUGGCUGAAAUCAAAGGAACUCAAAAAGCGCAAAAAUCAUCAAGGGAAAGGGAGAAACAGCGAGAGGAAAAACGCGCCAAAAAGAGACAAAUGCAUCUGGCAAAAUCAAGAAUAAGUGCUACUGAGUUUGGUGGAGAAGAAAAACAUAUAAGUUCUGAUUAUGAGACGGUAACAUCAGGAUUCGAUGAUGAAGAUUAUGAGCCCAGUGCUUCGAGCAUAGGAAAUACCGAUGAUAUUCGUGAUUUUCCUGUCAUCGUGAAAUUAGAUGAUCUAAAAUGGUUACCUUAGUAAAAUCAAGCUUAACACUUAUUCCUCCGCCUCUAUGCCUGUAUAAACAACCAAACACUAUCAUUUAAAUGGCCGAUUGGUUUCCGAACCUUCUGUGAUCCAUGAACCAUUAAAGAUCCGAAAUGUUGAAGAAAUAAUUUAAGAUUGGAGCAUUUUAAAUGUGUGUAUAUAAUUAGUCCUCGCAAAAAUGGAGAAAACAAAUUUUGAAAAAAAUACAAUAAAAAAGAGGCUCUCAACGGAGAGUACUUGAAAAGAAGAGUUUCAACCAAAAAA